UGGUAGCUGCAGUUUCUUUUUACAUGCGACUUUAAGACCGACCGACUUGUGACGCCAUGGCUUUCAAAUCGCUCUCGCGAUACUUUGAUGUCUGCGCAGCGCCUUCUGAAAUGUAAUGUGAUGUCCUACUCAGUGCGACCACUGUAUAAUGUGAAAGUUUGGAGAAUAUGGCAGGCAGAUCCAAGACUCUAAUAUUGCUCGAUAGCUAAUAGUAAACAUGGAUCAACAAUCUACCUGCUAUUCAACGAGCAUAUGCGAUAUCAAACUUCUGCAUGUGUUUUGUUUGUAACUUUUUAACUUGGUUUUUACUUCGAAUAAAAAUAUAGGAACGCUGUAAACUUAAAAACAGAAUGCUCCAAUUAUGCUGCAUCCUGAUUGCCAUGUGUUUAAUUGCCGAGACAGUUGCUGAAAAAAAGUAUUGUUGGUACUUUGAAGAAGGUUAUCCUGUGUACUUUGUAUGCAAAACUUAUGAAGACUGCUGCGACACACAGUGCUGUGUACGAGCACUUUCCAUCCAGAGAAUAUGGUAUUUCGGGUUGCUGCUUGUGAUUGCAAUCGCCAUCUGUUGCGGUGCUGGCUACUUUAUUCGCAGACGUGUACACACUUUCUCUGACAGGCCUGAUUUCAAUGUGACCUUCACCAGACACCCCAUCAUCUCACCAGGACUGGGACAGUCUGGCUUUUACGGGGAGUCCGAGACUGCAGUCAUUUCCACUGCCUAUCCAGUGCGUACUCACCCUGGUCACAUGAAUGCAGUGUACUCGGCCCUGCCGCCCUACUACUGCCAACCACCUCCUUCCUACGAUCAGGCUAUACGGGACUCGCAGAAGAAAUAAACAGAAGAAGAAACACAUGAAUCGAAGACAUGACAAGAUCAAACAAACUUAACACAGGGAACAUUGUUUUGACUAGAAGAGAAACAUCUGCAGACUGAAUUCAAACUUUUCCAUUUACCUUUCAGGUUACAGGAGUGUUGUAAAGUGCAAUGUUAAGCUUUCUAUGUCAGGACUGAAAUAUGCAUUAAAGUACAUGCACAUUCUAUACAACAUACAGUAAAAGGGCGGUAAAAGGUAGCUCCAAGUAGAUUUAUAUAACAAUAGUUACAUGAGCUUCAUGUUGAUAGCAACCAACUGCUUGCUGUAAAAUAAAGUGUGCUUUAAAAUUUCACAUCAAACUAAAUCCACUGCACACAACAUCCAUUAAAAGCAUGCUCAUCAUUCAUCAACUCUAAUAAAUGUUGUCUGUCUUUUUGCAGACGUUGGGUUGUUAACCGUUGUUUAUUAAAUGUUUUUUAUUAAAUAUUGUUGAUUAUGAUUUUCAUACCAGAAUCAGCAACCUUCAUUGACAAGUGUGCUUGGCACACAAGGUCAUUAACCCCUUAAAAUUCCGUAGGAGGGACACCGCAUUUUUUGACAAAAAACCUCAAAAACAAAAAGCUAAACAUGUCACGUAUUUUGGAAAGCUGAAAUUCUUGUUAUUUGAAUUAUGUAAACCAUUUUAAGAUACAAUCAACACAGCAGGUACAAUUUGUGUCCUUUUAGGUAUUUUUUAGGAAUGCUAAGGGGUUAAAGCUUUCAGUAUGCACAAAUAAAUGCAACAGAAGACAUGAAUAAAGAAAUAAAAAUAUUAAAAAAAAACAACUGUCAGAAUAAAACAUAUUCUAUGAUUUACAAACAUAUUCUAUUUACAUAUUUACAAAUGCCAUACUGUGCAAGGGGUGCCUAAAAGGUUACAUUUGAGAUUAUACACAGUAGAAUUGUGGAUUGUACAAACUGUUCUUCUUCUGUGUGUUUUGUAUAUA